UCUAGGUUAAAGAAAUAUGUGGUUUGCUAUAGCUUUAAGAAGUAAAUCAUGCUGAAUGUUUGUAAAAUAUGCAUUCAUCAUACAAUGUCGUUUUUAUUUAAUAAAAAGGGGGUUAAUGACCUGCUUGCGUAGUGACUAAACAUUUACUCUUGACCGAGCUAACAAAACUCCCAGGGCCUUCAACGUUACGUUGCUGUUGCAUUUUCUAUCUUCAUACCUGACUAAUUGCAAAGGUCUAUACGGGUCAUAACAGUUUAAUUAGAGCAGCAUGGACUCGGAGGAGGACGAGGUUUCACGUACUCGUCCCGGGAUAAAGAGAAGCGGAGACUCAACGAAGGCCGCCACACCAUCCCCGGACUCAACUGAACCGUCAAGCGGGAGAAGAGGAAGUAAAAGACUGGUGAAACCCCGAGUGACCUCCCCGGACUCCGGUGACUCUCGGGCAAGUGUUCGUGUUUUGCGAGCCAGGCGGGCUGCAGCUGGACAUGAUGCAUCUAAAAAUGCUGCCUGCAAGCAAAAACCUUUGAGUGUGCACCGUGGACGAGGGAGAGAUACGGGACCACGCUGCAAAAACACACCGGUCAUGCAGCCUGCAAUAAAGAAAUCCACAGCCAAAAAAGUGUCCACUCUUGGCCCCAAGCUGUCCAAACCUAGAAAGGGCAAAGGGAGACAUCAAAUCCAAGCAUCUCGAACCAAACCAGCACCAGCAUGCAAGCCUGAAGCAGAGACGGAGGCUUCAUCAUGUGGUUCUUUGAACAGAAGCAUCGACAAUGUUCCAGAUCCAGCUGGAGCUCUCAGCCAAGACCCUCCAUUCAAAGAUGACCUCAACUAUAAACCUGAGACACAUAUGGAAAAAUCAAGGCGGCAUACAACGUUUAAAGAAAAGGAGGUCAAAGAAGAGGAGUUAGAAAAGGAGGAGGAAGAAGAAGAAGAUGACAUUAAAAAGGAAGAAACAACCAAGAUUGUUGUGCAGAGAGAAGAUAUAGUGGGCGAUAACACAGAGCCACCACGGAAGAGAGGUAGACAACAAAAAGAUGUCCGAGUCCCUCGGCUGCCAAAACAAAGGAAAAAGCCCCCAGUGCAGUACGUCCGCUGUGAAAUUGAAGGCUGUGGUACUGUCCUGGCCCACCCACGCUACCUACAGCACCACAUCAAAUACCAGCAUUUGCUCAAAAAGAAGUAUGUGUGUGAUCACCCAUCGUGUGGCCGAUUGUUUCGCCUGCAGAAGCAGCUGUUGCGUCAUGCUAAACAUCAUACAGAUCAAAGGGACUACAUCUGUGAGUACUGUGCUCGGGCCUUCAAGAGUUCCCAUAACCUGGCUGUCCACCGGAUGAUUCACACAGGAGAGAAGCCCAUACAGUGUGAGAUCUGCGGCUUCACCUGCCGGCAGAAGGCCUCCUUAAACUGGCACAUGAAGAAGCACGAUGCAGAAGCCUCCUACACGUUCUCUUGCUCCAUUUGUAGCAAAAAGUUUGAGAAAAAGGACUCUGUUGUUGCCCACAAGGCCAAAAGUCACCCUGAGGUGCUCAUAGCUGAAGCCCUGGCAGCUAACGGGGGCUCAGUCAUAAACACUCCUCUUCCAGCUGCAGAGAGCGUCCCCUCUGCUCCAGCACCGGUCCCCGUGCUCAGCCAGCCCCACCAGCCCUCCGUCAACCACAACCAUGCCGUGGUGAACAGCAGGCUCACUCCGCUGCAGCAGGUGGUGCUGCCGCUGGCUCCACAGACUCCGGUAGAUGUGUCUCAGGGCCAGCUCCUGCAGCUGCCCACGCAUCACGUGGUGCAGGUGGCGCACCAGCAGCACGCCCCGGCUCUGCUCCACCUCACCGCCGCUCCCCCCGCCACCGCUCACCUCUCCAGCAUCAGCCACCCCCAGCUCAUCCAGUUCUCAACCAUUCCCACCAGCACCGUCACAUCCAUGAGCAUGGCGGACCCCCAGAGCACCCUCCUCACCCUCAACUCUGCCCCCACGCUGGCCUCCGCAGCCUCCCUGGCCUCCCAGCAGGCUCUGCAGUGGGGCAGGGAGAUCCAUGAGGACACACAGCUGCCGGGGGAGGGGGAGCUGUGGGACCGGGUGGUGGUGGGUGGGGGUCCUCAGGAUGUUGGGGGAAUGAUGUGGGAGGGUAACGAUGAUAGGAGGAAGGAAGAUGGGAUGGUAUGGGAGAGGGACGGAGGGAGACAGAUUCUCUUACAGUGUCCAGAGGUUCAUGGAGAGAGUUUAAUCUAGUGCAGGGGUCCCCAAACUUUUUUCGGUGGGGGCCACAUCAGCUUUUCUUUCUGUGAUGGGGGGCCGGGGUCAGUCUAUAACAGGAAAUGAUAUGGGCCAAAGUGACCACCAGAGUUAUUGUGUAAAUAUAAUGAUCAUUUGUUGGCCUUAGCACCACCUGUUGGUUUGCAAAAAAGUAAUAAAAAGUAAUCACAUGUUUAUUUGAAAUACCACAGAUAUUCCUUUUAUUUUGUAGAAAAUAAAAACACAAGCUGAUGCCAGUUAACAAUGAUUUUGUAACAAGUACAGGUGAAAAUAGAUUCUGCAUUCAGAAUCUAUUUUCCGUUUCCACAUUUUGUUGACCGACUCUAUACCAUUGUGUGAGGGGGUGAAAAUUAGCUACUACUGUAAAUAAUUCACAACUAAGGUCAAUUUUAAUUAGAAAGCCUUCCUUAAUCAUUACAUGUGGAUAUUUUAUAAAUAAAUAUAUAAUAAAUGCAAUUUUUAAAAAAACAGGCCAUGUUUAGGGGGAUUGUUUGGGAUAGUUAAGUUGGCCACUCCAAUUGCUUUGGCGGGCCGGAAGUUGGCCGCGGGCCCUAGUUUGGGGACCCCUGAUCUAGACAGUUCUGAUGUAAGAACGGAACAAGUGAAGUGAAGGACGUGUUGAUAAGCUGACAUUAUAAAUAUUUAAAAUAAUAGACUUCAUCCCUAUGGAGUGUAAAACAGUAGUAAUAUAAAGUACAUAGCUACAGAGAGACUCAGGGAGUAUGAUUUUUAAUAUUUUAGAUUCACAUACACUUCUUUUACUGAAUAUUUUGUAACUUUCUGGUUUUGUCACCUUUGUGUUUGUAUAUACGUGUGUUAUAUAUGUUAAGAUAUCAGAGAUUUUAGAGAUCAAAAAGACUGAAAGAUGAUUUUACAUAUUGUUUAAGAAAGUCAAAUGGCAUUUAUAUAUUCCUCAUGUUCAUAUGUGAAUGGAUGAGUUUCAUUGACAAAAUUGUCAACACUAGUAGUUUCAGCUACGGUACAAAUUAACUAUCAACAACACAAGAAUCUUUGUUAAAGGAUUACAAUAAAUUACAUCUAUAGAAAGUA